AUGAGGGAUGAGAGAGAAGAGGAGACAGAGGAGAAGAAGGCGCAUUCAUUCAUUCAUUCAAUCAAUCAAUCAAUUCCAGUUUACCAGCCUCAAUUGGGCGCCUCGAUUGGGCUUCAAUACAGCAACAGCAGCAGCACCACGAUCCUACUCCACGGUGGAGUCUGUCUCUCGUUCUCCCCCCGCGAUCCUGCAAAGCCAAUGCCCGCAGGCCCUACCGCAACACCGCAACACCGCAACACCGCAACACCGCAUUAUCGCACAACUCAACCCAAGCCAAUCUCACUGAAGCCUCACUGCGCUGGCUCGGCAGGGAAACCGAGAGUUAGGGUUAUUGCUGCUACUCGGCUGCUACUGCCACUGCUACUGCUACUGCUACGGACCGCGUCAGGAUCAGGAUUAUUAUUGGGGGCAGAUACAGAUACAGGGCGAAGACGGCCAAUUGCACGCGUUUCCCAGCACCAGCUAGUGAUUCAGGAUCAGACUCUUAAUAUUCCGCAAAAGCCACGGCUCCACGACGCGUCUUGGGACGACUGGGAACUGGCUGGGCUUUGCCUCGUGUCCGUCGGUGUCUGUGCCUACGGAGCAUUCAAGUUGCACGCACUAGCAAGCAACCAUCAAUCACAAUCACCAUCACAAUCACAAUCACAACUGCAACGCCCUGCAGCGCAUCGCAGCGCAUUGCACUGGCAAUCUGCUGCAAUCUGCUGCGUUCACGCCUUUGCCCUGCAGUUCGCACAGGCAAUCCCCACUGGCCACAGCCGUUGCGUUGAGCGCUGGCGUGAGCGUCGCAUUCAACAGCUCUCUUUCCCCAGCGAACAGAAAAGGGGCAUUUGGCGGAGUAAGGGGCGAAUGGUAGCAUCGUGCUGGCACCAAUUCGCCCUCCCCGUGACGCGUGGAAUACUCAAGGUCGCUGCUACUGUUGUUGAUGCUUCUGAUAGAUUCCCGAUAUCCUGUCAUUCUGAUAUUCGGGCUCGGCUAGCGGCUGGAGUGGCUCUUUCGCCUGUUCCCUCGCUCUCUUCUCCCCACGCCCGUACCCGCUCCCGCAUUCCCUCCUCCUCCUCCUCCUCUACAACUACACCUCCACGCUCUUUAUACCCUUUCGCAUCCCCUUCCCACCGGCACCUUGCUUCCCCUUUGCUGGCCUCGCUCUCCUUGCGCCUGGAACGGAGCUGCCGAUUAGGAUCCAUAACUUGCUGCGCUGCGCUGCACUGGAAUGGGCGUCAGGGCGGAUCUGGGGUGAAUAUACCAGCUUGCGACGAGUCGCGACGACACACCAGACAAGACAGGACGAGACAGCAUUCCUGGACAACACAACCCCUCCGAUCUCCACCUUCACCUCCCUCCUCCCAACAACUUCCAAACCUCCCUUCAUCUGGCUUCGCAGCAUCUGCGCCAUCAUUGCACUUCAGCUCCGCAGCCUUUGACGCGCAGAGAGACUGCCUUGCGACGUCCCGCUUCGCUGUCGCAAUCGCCGUCACUUUUGCACUAUACACGCUACACAAGCCCAAACCCUCAGCUUUCUCCACCCAACUCCACCCUCAUCGUAUUUCGGUCUCCAUGCCGAACCCUUAA